AUGGUCUUGCCAAUUAUUUUCACAGUCUUGAUGAAUCUGGCUCCCAUUCAAGGAAGAACGGAGUUGGGACAGAUUCCAAUUUUCCAACCAGAUAAUUACACGCAUUUUGAUGUGUAUGCCAGUGCACUUAAUAAAGCCCAUUACAACCCUUGGACCUGCGAUUACAGAAGCGAGCCAGGUUACAGAUGCUUGAGUUGCAAAAGUGCACUCCACUGCUACCCUGGUAACUUCGCGCUACUAGUACAAUGUGCUGGCAUCUUCGCAUAUUGUCGACAUGGCUAUUGUUCGAGAUUUAAGUCUAAUGAAUGUGAGAAUGAAUCUGACCACCAUUCCAUUACUAGUCAUAGCAGCACAAUGCCACCAUAUGUACAACAAGAGUUCAAUAAAAUAAACAUGACUACCGUACCGUCUGCUGCAGCGAGUGACAUGGACUCUAAACCACAAGAAAGUACUUCAAAUGUCAUUUCUACCCAAUUGAAUGACCCGAAUAAAACAGACGGUGGGGCCGUGACGUCAGAGGCACAUACAAACGAUCCAACGAACUCAAAUGUAACCGAAACAAGCAAAAAUAAGUGA